AAGUUGUAGCUGCCAUGCUAACGAAAUUCGAAACGAAAUCAGCCAGAGUGAAAGGUAAGACAACGUACAACUAGGCUGCUAAGUUCCUUUCGAAUAUUUUGUGGCAUGCAUGCUUGCACAAAACUGUAACUUUUGAAAUGGUAGUAUUUUGUCUCACGAAUUUUUUUUGUAAGAUUUGUUUCACUCUGUUCACAUUUGAUCUUUUCGUUGCUUUAUUAGGUUCUUUACACAAGUAACUAUUCUCUUAAUUGGGACAGUUCUUUAUCAGCUUUUAUGGCUAGCCUGUUUCGACCUAAGCCAGAAAACGUUUUGAUUAUCCCUAAAGAGUUUUAUAUUCAAAUUUUUAACGUGAGCGAGUUUAAGGUUUUAUUUAAAAGCUAGCUCGAGCUGGAAAGCCAUACUUAUGAUUUUGCCAAGCUUCAAAUAUUGAAAUUGAGCUUUAGAAGUUUAAAAAUAUAAAAAAAAGCUCUCUAUGGACAGAGCGCGUGUUUACAGUUUUUGUUUUGUCUGUUAUGCACUUGUGAUUUUAACGACUUGCUUUGUCAUAUAAACAUGAAACGCAACCUGUUGUAGAAAAAAACAGCGUGAUUUAAUUUCUUGCAUUGAAGGGAACAUUUGUGGUGCUCAAGUUGACAUUUGAUGCAUCAGGUUACAUGUUAAGCUUCUUGGCGUAUAGCACACCGAUGACUAGCGUCCUUUGAAGAAAAAAUGAAAUGUGACUUCUUGCAUCGAGAAAAAUAGUUUUUUGGACCCAACAGUACAGGUCACACUUACUUCUCCUUUUCUGAUGACCACAAUUACCUUUUUUUUUUUCAAAAUUUCUAUUUCCUUCAUGUUAAGUAGCAUGCCGAUGACCACAAUUACCUUUUUUUUCAAAAUUUCUAGCGUUUUGAAAAAAAUGAAAAAAACUUUUCACAUGAAAAAAAGGGUACAGGUCAUUUCUUGCAUAGUGCAACAGGUACAUUUAUUCUCCAUGCAUUAAUCUCCGAUGGCCACAAUUACCUUUUUUUUCAAAAUUUCUACAAGUGCCAUACAUUUAUUUAAUGUAAUCUCCCAUUAUUUCACACAAGUAAGUUAAUGUGCGUAGAUUUGAAACAUUUAUGCAUAAUAAAUGUAUUGGGCUGUGCAGAAAUGUUAACCUAAACAAUUAUGGGCAUAACUUACUGGUCAAUUUCAGUUUGAGUCUGACAUUAGGUAUGUUCAAACUGUCAUGUAGCUCUUUUGCUGACAAGAAAACUACAGCUGUAUACUGGAUAGAGCUUCCAUUCACACAUAAGAAUGGUGAUUUCCAUAACAGAACAAACCUGCACUGUGCUGAUCUUGAAAGUGGAUUCAGGGUUUUCAAUAAGGUUUAAGUAGGUGGCAAAAGCUAAAUGGAGUAGGUGGAGAAGGAAAAACUUGCGCCAAAGGUGCGAGUUCCUAGGGGGGUCAGUGGGCAAGUUCUCCCGGUAAAGUUUUGAAAUCUGGGCCUCUUAGAAUUCAUUCCCAAUGGACAUGUCAUGAACUCUGCUUGACCUUGCUAUUCAUCGAGAGAAUGUGUGGAAAUUUACGUACGCGUUGUGCUGCGUUGGCACCCAGACCCCACAGUUUUGGGGAAAUUCAAGGUUGCUCAGCAGAGUGUUUGGCUUUGAUGAUUGAAUGAUGAAAGCUGCUCAGAAUUAAGGCAAGACUCUCAGGUUUUUCAAGAACAAAACUUUGCCAAUUCCAGGUUUGAGUUCUGUGGCAAAUGUUUCUUAUGUUAUUUGCAAAAACUGGAGUAAUUACCAAAGAAAAGUAGGUGGCAAGUUCUCUAGAAAUAGUCUGCGAAUUUCGCUGGCUGCUGGCUCUUAUUGAAAACCCCGUGGAUUGUCACAUACAAGAUAGGUUUCUUCACUCUUUGUUGUAGUGUGAAUAGAUAUUUGGACAAUAGCAGAAGUAGAUAAGUAAGAGCCCAAUGAGGUGACAGAAGAAAAUGUCUAGAAGACCAUAGCUUUUCUUUUUUUUUUUGGAAACAGCAAACAUAAGGCCUUUUGUAGUUGACAAGGCACAACUUUUCAGAGUUAUUACCAGUCCUAUUAACUAAAGUGUUAUUGUUGCUUUUUGCAUUUGUAGGCAUUGCCUUUCACCCAAAGAGGCCAUGGGUUCUAGCAAGUCUUCACAAUGGUGUUAUUCAGCUCUGGGAUUAUCGCAUGUGCACUUUGUUGGAGAGAUUUGAUGAACAUGAUGGUGAGCAUAUUGUAUACUGUUUUGGAUGAUUACAUUAAUAUUAUUAUUUAUCAUGGUAAUAGAACUGAAUAGAGUCCAAUUCGGUCUGUAAUCAUACAAGUGAUUAACAAAAUUGGAUGACUGUGCGGGAGUCAGAUUUGUUUUAUCACGAACAUGAUUACAGACCAAAUUGGACGACACAAAGUUCUGUUAUGUAUGUGUUAGUUUCAUAACUGCAAUAAAAUUUGUGAUAUCUUUACCUUUUUUAAAAUUAAAACAAAGGAUAUUCCAAGAUUUUGUUGGUAGAAGUAAAAAUAAAACCCAUUUAAGUGUGUGCUUGAAGCAUACUGUCCAAUUACAUAGGCAUGAAGCCUACUGGCCUAUUAUACUGUCCAAUUAGUGCUUAAAUCAGGACAGUUGAUGAAUUUUGUUAUAUUUAUGAUUGUUGUUAUUAUAUAAUAACUGAGAGAUUACUCGCAAGCUGAUUGCUUGAGAUGUACGUUCUGUGGGAGUAUGAAUAGACCACGGAAAUGACAUGAUGAUGGUCCAAUUUGUUUUUUUGCCUCUUGCAUGUGGUUUUCCAAGAAACUUGCUGGAAAGGGAUGUUAAAAACUGUCAGUGUUGUAAAAAAGUAGACAACAAUAAUUUUUGAUUUUCUACACUGUUGCAGACUGUUGACAUGAGGUCAAACGUUGCAGUGAAACCACUUGCCUGCAGCUUACAUAUAGGUCCACUUGUGUUUUGAACAUUUUGACAUCAUUGAGGGACCUUUUUAUUUCAGUCAGCAUGACUCUCACACCGUAAUAAAUUGCUACUUUUCCUACAAUGCAGGUCCUGUAAGAGGCAUUAAUUUCCACAACAAUCAGCCUCUCUUUGUUUCGGGAGGAGAUGAUUACAAAAUCAAGGUUUGAUACUUAUGUUUUAGCCUGAUCAUGCAUGUUAUCGUAGUCAAUGAACAAGUCUUCCAUUUCUCAGCGCCACUGUCAAGGUAGAGUUUGAAGUGCACAUUUGGUUUAGCAAAGGCCAAUGAUUAUAAGUAAUAGUAUUACUAAGUGAAAGGUGGCUGGUAAUAGAACAUUGCUUUGCAAGUAGCCCUGAGGCCCUUGGACAAAAAUUAUUUGACUAGGAUUAUCCCACAAGCUGCAAGGUCUUUUUUGAAAUUUGGAAUGAAAGGCUGUUAAAAGCAAGCACUCAAAAUGUAGAAUGGACCGUUACAUGUGUAUAUGUUACAGGUAAAAAUUAAUUUGAUUUCAGGUUAAAUUGUUGUAAUCUAGGUUGAUUCUCAAUCUCCUUUGUCUCUUAGGUGUAGGAGGCAAAGGAAUUGGGAAUCAACCUAAGUUAAAUCAAAUUUGACCUGUAACAUAUAUACAUGAACCCUGGACCAGUGUACUUGGUUUUGUGAAUGUAGUCAAAUAUGCAUAUUAAUUUUUGAACUUGAUUUUAAUCUUGCAGAUCUGGAACUACAAGCAGAAGAAAUGUCUGUUUACUCUUCUAGGUCAUCUUGAUUACAUCAGAACAACAUUCUUCCAUCACGUAAGAGAAUUUAAUAGUUCUGCCAGACUAUUAGUCUUUUUUUAUUUGACUGGGGAUGGGGUGUGGAUGGAAUCAGGAUAAGAUUCUUUGAGCCUUUGGUCAAAUUUUAUGACAUGUACCAUUACUUGAUGUCAUUGAAAACCCUGUCAAGGGUCAAGUCUCAUUAAAAUCCUGGUGAAAACAGUUGACGGUUUUUUACCUUGUCACGUUCUUUUGGGUUCAACAGUCAUUUGAAAUGCAUUUGAACUUCUCUUAAGCAAUCACCCAAAAUGUGAAGAUUUAGUGGUCUCUUCCAGGAGGAGGCCACUUACAUGUGCAGCUGUACUAGAAUUGAACCACAGGGUUCUCUUCCGAGAAGAGGUCCAGAAACAUCUAUUUUGUGGCAGAGAAUUUAUUGCUCAUCAUUUCUAAGUUGCGUAUCAGUCUACAGAAAGUGCUUCAUACACUCUGUAGCACAUAUACCAAAGAAAGACACUGUACCAUGGGAAAAGUGGUCCCCUAUAAGAGGUUAAAAACUGUGGAAAACUAUAAAACUGUCAGGGGAAAAUUUGGUGUUUUGGAUAGGUUGUCUCUUAUGUGGGAGGUGGUUGCUUAUGAGAGGUGGUCGGACAUGGAGGUUCAAAUGUAAUGCAAAUGAAAUAUCUUUGCAAUCAACUCUCUUAGAGACUGAUUCCUUUGGAACCAGCACUAAUUGUUCGUCUUAGAGAGGUGUCCAUCCUAAACUAAGUCAACUAAAAGGAGUAAAGAAAUUUACACUGUUAGGAAUUCUAGGUGUCCUUUUUUAAGGUGGUGUCCUUCUUACAGAGUUGUGGUUUUGAGAAAUUUGGCUGUAGAGUAACUGGUAUAGUGCAGUAUGCUUUAAUGUUCAGUAUGUUUAUAUGCCAAAUGUUUUAAAGGAAUACCCAUGGAUAAUCAGUGCGUCUGAUGAUCAAACUAUUCGCAUCUGGAACUGGCAGUCCCGAACAUGUAUAUGGUGAGAUUUGUACAUUAUGUGUAAUGAUCAGUUGUAUAAUUAUCUUGAGGAUGUGAGCUGGAAGGAAAACAAUGUUAUUCUAAGUGGUGCUUUUAACAUGCACAUUUUUGGGGUAUGGUGAGAUUUGUACAUUAUGUGUAAAAAUGUAUAAUUAUCUUGAUCAUGUGUGCUGAAGGGAAAGUAAUGUUAUUCUAACAGAUUCCUUUAACACUCACUCACAUUUUUGUUUUUAGUGUUAGUAGUUCUGUUAGUUUUAUUAAGGUACAUGUACAACAGUGACAGCAACAAGAAUGUCAAAAAUCAAUAGGUUUAGCAACCAAAACAACAACUUUGUACAUGCAGCAAACUUUUUUAUGCAUUUCUUUGUCAUCUUUUUAUGACAAUGACAUUAAAUACCCUCUUGAAGCAAUGUUUUACAGAGGAUGUAAACACAACACAGCAAAUUAAAUUUUUCCUUCUCAUUCUAAACUUGGAUUUGGUCUCCAACAAUUCAACUCCAAAAAAAUUCACCUACAUUUGACAGUCUUAAUGAUACUGGCAUUUCUGUUGCCUCUCAUUCAAACUUGGGUUCGGUCUCCAAGAAUUCAAUUCCGAAAAAAUUCACUUGCAUUUGACAUUUUAAGCAAGUCAAAAUAAUUGCAACAAAGUCUGAAAAAAGCAAAGUCUUAAUAAUAGUGGCAUUUCUGUUGCUGUCGCCAUCUUCGAUAGUGAAUCUCCUUAUUAACGAACUACAUGUAACUUAUUACUUGAGAAGAAAGGGUGAGUGCUGAUUUCAUACCAAGCUGCUUAACUGAGUUUUUUUGUUUCCUAAAUAGUGUUUUAACAGGCCACAAUCAUUAUGUGAUGUGUGCACAGUUUCAUCCAUCCGAGGACAUGGUGGUUUCUGCAUCUCUAGACCAGACAGUCAGAGUAUGGGAUAUUUCCGGUAAGCUGCCUCCCUAUGUUUAUGCAAAAAUGCAGUAGUCAUUUAUGCAUUGUCCUUUUGUAUAGCCCCUGUUAUUGUUGUAGUGGCGUAACUGUUGUACAUGUAUAACGAUAUGAGUCUGUGAUUAUUGAAGAUUUUGUUGUUUGACCAUUCUCGAUCUUAUGUACCUUUCCAUUGAUACAGUUACAUUGCAUUUUAGUAGUUCAUGUACUCUUAACAGGGCUUCUGAUAUUCUGCAAUGUUGCAAUUUCGCAUAAUAGACCUCAAAUUGCAACUUUUCAGAGAAUUCGUGAAAAACCGCAUAAUUCUUUAAAAAUUUACAAUUUGAGAAAACUAAAAUGAAAUAUUUGCUUUAACUUAAGGUUCUUCGCAAUAAAUUGAAAUGAUGUUUGAAGCAGGGCUACUGAUUUUGUUCAAUGGUGCAAUCACAUUGGAUCGCACAAUUUGAGGAAAAUAGUAUAAUUUGUAAAAAAAUGCUAAAUUUGAAUAAAGUAAACAAUAAAUUAUAACUUUAAUUAAAUAUUUUCCCAAUCUUAAUGUUAUUUAAAGUGAUUUAGCACUAAAGAAAGCCUUGUAAGACAUCUGAAACCUUCGAUCACGGUAUCUUUGGGCAGCCAUUUUGAUUUCAGAGACAAGCAGUGUGGUCAGCGGUGUAACGGUGUCACGUAAUAUUAAGCAACUGUCCUUUUUCUUUCUUUCUAUUUGUUUUCUUUUCCGGGUCAACAUAAUUGGACAAAUUUAUUUUUCCUUUACAUUCAAAUUGCCUGUUGAACAACAUUAAAGUGAUUUUUCUCCUUUGAAACCUGGUAAAACAAUGUUAAUUAGUCCUGAAAAAAACGCAUAAUUUAUCUCAUAAUAGUCCCGAAAGUGCCGCAUAAUUUCUGAUUUUUGAUCACACUCUAUCAGAAUGCCUGUCUUGUAUUAUUGUUACUGUAACAAAUGAAGCAAUGGAGUAUUUUCGUGUUUGUGCACUUUGUUUGAGUGAAAGUGCAGUAGAAACCUGGUGAUUUGAACUCUCAUAACUUGCACUCCCAGCUAACUUGAACUGACUCCCAAUUCCCUUGGAUUUCAACGUUCUUUUCAGUCAUUCUUACAUUGGUUAACUUGUACUUGAGCUCAAAUAAGUCAAGUUCCCUGUUACCUCAAGUUAAAUUUAGUUUCCCUAGAUUAAAUUUUAUCGAUUAUAACGUGAAGACUGGUUCUGGCAACUCACCACAUUUACCUUCCAAUUAACUGUUCUUGUUGUGUUAUCAGUAAAACAGUGAACCUAACACUACAGCAGUUUGAUUUUGAUUAGUUUGAUGAACAUAUGUAUUUGAAGUUUAAUGUUUUUUACCUCAACUCUUUAUUCUAGGUCUGAGGAAGAAAACUGUUGCCCCUGGAGCUGGUGGAUUGGAGGAGCACCUCAAAACACCAGGUCACACAGAUCUGUUUGGGCAGUCAGAUGCCAUUGUAAAGCAUGUUUUGGAGGUAAAGACAUGAUAGUUUGUAAGGGGGUUGCCUUUAAAAGUUUUAGGAUGGAGCUUAACAAGUUUUUUUCAACAUUAUUUCCGCAGGGCCAUGAUCGUGGUGUGAACUGGGUUGCGUUUCAUCCUACAAUGCCACUGAUCGUAUCUGGAGCUGAUGACAGACAGGUCAAGCUCUGGAGAAUGAAUGGUACUUAUCAUAACAGUCUUGACCUUUCUGUUUUGCAUUCUGGUACCCUUGUGUGUGAUAAUUAGGAUUCAUACACUUUGUGUUUCCCUCCAACAGCUGUCAUUAGCUUUUAGCCCACUACUGCAUAAAAAUCAGCCUCCUACAUGUACAUGUACUCGAAGUGUGAAAAUGAGUCAAACAUAACAAAUAUAGGAGGAUUUGUGGGAUAAAUGACUAGCUACUUUCCUCUGAGAGCCCAGCCACUUAAAACCUUAAUGACAGCUAUGAUCUCCUAUAAUAAUUCUCAGUGCAUCUCACAUGAAAAAUGGUGCUAUCCUGGUGUUGCAUAAUAAUAUUCUAGAGGUGUUAAGCAAACCCUAACUUUUUUUUUUACCAUCUAUUUCAGAUUCAAAAGCCUGGGAAGUCGACACAUGUCGCGGUCACUACAACAAUGUAUCAUGUGUUAUGUUCCACCCUAGACAGGAACUUAUUCUCAGUGAGUGUACACGUGGAUAUGUGGAUUAUUUAACCUCACCUGUUUUAAUGCUUAAAGCCUUUUCUCCUAACAACAUCAGAACAUAAGCAAGGGAAAAGGCCACCAGGAUUUAUAAAAUGCUCACCAAAGUGACAAUGCCUUGAUCCUCUAUCAAAUUCUCUCAACUAAUUUUUGAGGAAAAUGUAUAGAGAUCAUUCUGGAUAAUAUGUAAAUGAAUAUUGGGGCGUAGAGAGCUAAGUAACCCUUUCACAAGUGAUAGAAAGAACUGAAAGUUGGUUAGAAUUUAGUGCGAUAUGUACAGUUGUAUCAUAAUCGAGUGAAAUGAUUAUGCAAAGUUAUCUUGUUCAUUUUGAAAAGUUGUAGUUUUAUAGAGUUACUCUCUGUACGAUGUGCAUUAAUGUUUUUGGCUUUAUUCAGGUAACUCAGAAGACAAAAGCAUCAGAGUUUGGGACAUGUCAAAAAGGUAUAUGCAUUAAUUAGCCUGAGAUCAAGCAGCCGACAUUUCAUGAUGCCACCACUGUUUUCCCUGCGAAAUGACGUAUGAGGAAUGACUGGAAAUUUCAUACUGAUGACGUGGUCACUACCCAGACCCGGGUAGUGCUUCUGAUUGAUUGAAGCAAGUUUCCCUAGCAGCACAACCAAACAGAAGCUCUACCAUCCGCAUGGAAUUUCUGCAUUCAUUCCUCAGACAUUAUUUCGCAGGGAGCCAGUGUUAGCCUUGCAAAAUUAUGGCUGUUUUCUCAGGCUAAAUAGGUAUUAGUCAGGGUUUUCAUUAGGAAUUCUAGUAGCAGGAGAAAGGUGUAAUGCUACAGGAGAAUAUUUUGAAAGAGGCUCCAUGUCUGAAUAGAAAAUAGUCGCAGGCUACCAAAAGUUUGCCAGAGAAUUGUGCAGAGUAAACAAAGAACUCUCUGAUCUCUGAUUCAUAAUGAACACCCUGAUUAGUGCAGCAGUGGUUGAUGUCAAUAGUUGGUCAGGGAGACAUUUUUGAACCCAUCACAGAUACCUUUAUUGUCUCUGUGAAUUAGAAGUGGACAUGUAAAUGUGCAGCGCUGAAAUACUUAUGAGUUCAUUUUGUACUGUUGUGUAAAUUUUUCAUGUGUUUUCUUUUCAGAACUGGAGUCCAGACCUUUAGAAGAGAACAUGACAGGUUUUGGGUAGCUGCUGCUCACCCCACACUCAAUCUCUUUGCUGCUGGUAUGUUUAUGGCAUGACAGUCAAGCCAGGUCAAGCUCACCCCCCAAGAUUCCAUUAUCAACUUAAUAUUCAAAAAUUGAAUCCGUCGGUAGUUGUAGAUUUCAGAUUCAUGUCUGCAUUCCUGUUUGCGUAAUGAACAGUGAAUUCACGUACAGCAGUUAUAAAAUUUCCUCCAGCUCAGUUUUCUUGAAUUUGAUGUAAAUGUCUUCAAAGCAAUUUUGUCCAUUCAAAGAUUUGAUUGACGGAAUACAGAGAGGUUAUCAUAAAAAAAAUUCACUACUCAUUAUGCCUGCCAGAAUGUAGAUUUAAAGUUGAUACUGGUUGUAGCAAUUUCAAAUGGAUUCAUUUUUUCAAAUAGUUGUUUCAUUAAUGAAAUCUACGGCAGUACGCUUGAUCUAGAUUGACUGUAAGAGGUGCAGUGCUCCUUCUUUAAAAACAAUUUAAAUUUUUCUGUUGUUAAAUCCUUUUUAGGUCAUGACAGUGGAAUGAUUGUCUUCAAAUUAGAAAGAGAGCGACCAGCCUAUGCUGUGCAUGGAAACACUUUGUAUUACACCAAGGUGUGUUGAACAUAUUAGGGAGCUUUAGCAAUGACCAUUACGAUGGCAAGGAGAAUGGCAAAAAGCGAUAGGAUUAGACUGGCAAAACAACAACUCUGUAUGUGGGUCACCCUCAGAGCUGUCAUUUGGGGGCCAUAACCCAUAACACCUGUUAGGGCUCAACUCUCUUGAUGUUACGGGGGAUAAAAGUGGAAAGCUUAAGGUUGCACUAUAAAUUUUUAGGUAUUUAGGUAUUUUUAUUUAUUUGCCACACAAUUACAUUACUUAAAGAUGCCAAAAGAAAAAAAAAAAUGUAGGAAGAGAUGGCGAGGAGGCCUAAAAGAAACUAUAGAGCUUAUGUUAAUUAGGCCUCCUCAAUUACAAUUUUUCGAAGAUGGCAUAAAAAUUACGGCGACGGGUACAGUAUAAUAUCAGGUGAAAAAUUAAACUAAUCAAUAUUACGGAAGUUUACAUGUACAAAUGUUGAAUAUUAAAAGGCUUUUUCCCAAGAUUUUUGUUGAAGUAUACUAAUAAUUAUUACAAAUAAAUGCCUUAAGUGCUCUUUUAAAGGAGAAAGGUGAGGAAGCGUUGAUGAUGUUGGUGUUUAAGGUGUUGUAAAAUUUAGGUCCUUGAUAAAAAACGGAAAAUUGCUUGGUUCGAGUACGACAGAAAGGCAGACGAAAUUUACACGAGUUUCUUGUAUUAUACGAAUGAAUUUGACUUUGUAAGGUAAAUUUACAAUGAAAUUUUAAAGGUAGAGUAUGGUUUUGAUAGGAGUACAUGAAUAAGCCUAGUUGUAUUAAGUAUAUAUCAUGAAAUUUUAAGAUACCAAGAUUUUGAAAGAUUGGAUCAGUAUGUGCAUCGAAAGUGGUUUUAGCUAUAGUUCUGAUCACUCGUUUCUGUAAAAUCUCAAGACGAAUAAGGUUAGUUCUGUAAGUAGAGGCCCAAACUAAGUUGCAGUAAAAAAGGUAUGGAUAGACUAGAGAAAAAUAUAGUGUUCGUAAGGUUUUCGUGGAUAAAUAGAAUUUUUGCUAUCAAUGUUAUGGUUGAAUCUUCAUUUGCUACGGGUGCUUCAAAACUUAAUGAGAGCCCUGACCCUGAUUUCAUAUUUUUAUGAAGGAUGUACAUGGGAAAACUAUUUAAUCUUUCUUUUUGUUAACUUAGAAUUCAAAUCCAGAAAAAUCUGUGAACAUUGACAGAUUGAACAAGAUGGAAUGAGAAGUUUGAAUUCACUUUUUGUUUAACAUUUUCCCUGGGUAAAGAUCCCCAUGGACUGGAAAAUAACUCCAGAAAAGAGGCCACCUUUCACUUUUAGCAAUUCAAAGUGUUACCUCCUCUAACAUUUAUUCUGUUUAAAUGCUUUGCAGGACCGAUAUUUGAGGAUGUAUGAAUUUGGAACCUCAAAAGAUGUACCUGUCAUGCAGUUUAAGCGCAAUUCCUCCCGAACACCUGUGUACAGCAUGUCUUACAAUCCUGCAGAAAACUGUGUUCUCCUCUGCACGGUAUGUUGAACUUUAUGAGAUGAUGAUGUUGUACCUUUGUAAUUUAAUUUUUUGCUGGAUAUGUAGUUGUCUCUUUGAGGUGUCCUUAUACAAUAAACUUAUGUUUUGCAUACAAGGGAAAGUCAACUUAAAACCAAGGAUAAAUUUGACCAACUGGUACAUUGUUGUAAAAUGCCUCCUUUUAUUUUCACUAGAAUGCAAGUAAUCCAGAGAACUGUGUUUAUGAGCUGCAUGCUGUUCCAAAGGAAAUUGAUAGCAGCAACCCAGAAGGUAGGUUUUAAUUUAUACAGAAGUACAUGUACAUGUGAAAUACAGAACUAUAUGCUCUGGAUGGUUGCUUAAAAUCAGGGACUCCUAAGUCAUAUUGUGUUUGACUUGUUGUACUGCUUCUCUUUGUUUUAGUGUCAGAAGGCAAGAGAGCAUCUGGAUUGACGGCAGUAUGGGUGGCUCGCAAUAGAUUUGCAGUGUUGGACAGGACACACACAGUAAGGGUCUUUACUCUUAUGAUGGUAACUUGUUUCUUUAGGCUCAAUAUUGAAAAACCUUUUGUAACAAAGAUCCACUCCUGGGUCAGUUUGUCACUUGUGAUAAACUCUUCAGUAUUUACAAGGACUUAGCAAAUCCAUAGAACGCUCUGAAAAAUGAUACUCUUUGUUGUGUGGGUGGUCACCUUCCAAGGUAGAUGUUAUUGGUUUCCUGAUCCUGUAAGUGUUUCAGUUUUUCCAAGUGAAAUCUUGAUAUAGCUAAGGCUGUGUUUAUACUGGCAGACUGUUUUUUCUGCCUCCUGCUACAGCACUUUCUUUGAGCAAAUGCUGUUGUAUCCCAAGCGGGGUACAAAUACUCAAAUGUGUCAUGAUUGGAAUACAUGUACAUUUGAUUAUAGUCAAGGCCACUCGUGACCAAGAAUCAACCAGUGGCAGUCUCUGCUUAGUAGACUGAAAGUCUAGGAGUAUAACAAUCACUGUUGUUCAUUCUCAAACAUUACCUCUUUCUGAACAGAUAAUGGAACCAUAAGGUUUCAAUGGUAAUUUCCACAAAUUAGAAUUAAGGGAAAUUUUGUGAAAAGGUUAACUACUUUACAGCAGCAAAACAUUGUCAGUUUCAUUUGACUUGUCACAGAGUUAAGUAGCAAGAUGGUUGUUUUGCCUCUCCCUUUUAGCUGCUUAUCAAGAAUCUGAAGAAUGAAGUAACCAAAAAAGUUCAGACUCCUCCUUGUGAGAUGAUAUUCUAUGCUGGUACUGGAAGCCUUCUUUUAAGAGAUAGUGAUUCUGUUACCCUGUUUGAUGUGCAGCAGAAGAGGUGUGUAAAUUGUACAUAAAUUAUCACUUUAAACCCUUCACUUCUGUCAGUAAUAAUUACAUUUGAAAAAAUAUGAAACUACAGUUGGUCUUGGUGAUGCUCUUAGUCAGUUCUAUUGGUUGUAGUAAUAUUAUUUCUGUGCAUUUAAACACUGCGACUUUGAUAACAGUAAAAUACAAUUAAAUACAAAGAUGAUCAUCGCAGCUUUUAUUCCAGUAAAAAUACAUGUACAAUCUGCAGACCUUGAAGUAGUAACUUUGUCUUGUUUUGUUUUUCUUCUCUUAUCUUUACAGGUCCCUUGCGUCAGUGAAAGUGAACAAGGUGCGAUAUGUUGUGUGGUCUUCAGAUAUGUCUUAUGUCAGCUUGUUAGGAAAACAUGGUAAGUCCAAGUUAGAAAUUCAUUUGAUAGAUGUUGCCCUCUUAAAAGGCCACGGUGUCUGUAGGUUCUGUCUUAGGCAGCACAUGAUAGAUUCGUUUACUAUACUUUGCAUAAACAACAUUCGCUGCUUACUGGUAGUUUUUCAACAUGUAGAAAUCUCAAGGUUGAACAUGUUUAUGUUACUUUGCAGUUGUUGCCAUUUGUAAUCGAAAACUGGAGUGCUUAUGUACCAUCCAUGAGAACAUCCGUGUAAAGAGUGGAGCAUGGGAAGAAAAUGGAGUGUUUGUCUACACCACUAGCAACCAUAUCAAAUAUGCACUAACUAAUGGGUGAGCUUAAUUAUGUUGUUUCUGUUUGUGUCUGCUUUUAUUAUUAAGGUUGAUAAUACACCUCUGACUUUUAUCUCAACAUGGGCUGGUGAACCCAUUGUUUGUUUAAAUCUGCAAUUUUGUUAUUCCAGCCUGCUAUAGAGAGAAGUGUGAUGUCAUGUUACCAUGGUAGCAAAAUUUCUGGAUCUCAACAAUUUUUCUCAACAGAGAUGGCCAUUUGUAUUGGCAAACAAUGGAAGGAAAGUAGAGGCUAUUGUGCACAGAAAAUUCAUGCUUGUCGAUGUUUUAGUUUUUUCUGCCAAAUUUGGCGGACAAAAGUUUGUUGAGAUCAAGAAAUUUUGCUGCCAUAGCAACGUGGCAUAAUGACUUUUCCUCUCUAUUAUUUUUAAUUGGAAAAAGGGUUUUUGUUUCUUUUUAUUGGCCCUAGAUAAAUAUAUACCUGUGCUUAUUAUACUGCAAAUAAAGUAUAUGAGUCGUAUUUGCAACUUCCUCUUUUAGACCUGGAGUUUAUUUAGAGUACGACAUUAAUGCUGUGAGAAACCUUUUGCUUUGAAAUCCAGUCACAGUUCAGAUCUGCCACUCAUUGCUUCUCUCAUCUCUCACUUUUUGUCCUCAGUGGCAGGAAGUGAUAAGCGGUGCCUGUAUUUGCAGGUUAUAAUUAUAUUCAUGUGCAGUGUUAGUUUAUCAAUGCAAAACUGCUCAGGUGUUAGAAAAUUACUUUUUGCCAUUGCCUGCCAAUAGAAUUGAUAAAUCCUUUUUUUACAAGCAACCUCCAUGCUUUAAAGAAGUGUUACAAAUAGGUUUGAUGUUGACCCUCUGUAGUUAAUGUGUACAUGAUGUGUGGUAUUUUUGUAGUGAUCAUGGAAUUAUUCGUACUCUUGACCUUCCCAUCUACAUUACGAGAGUCAAGGUAAGAUUGCUUUUCAGAAAAUGUCAUAGGUGCGGCUCCCACUAUACUUGGUUCAGGGGAGUUUUAGCUUUGAUGACGGCAGCGAAAACGAAAACGUCACUCAAAAAAUGAAUUUGCGCUGCUUCAAACUCCUUCACUCUUAUUCCAUCUCACUCAAUGUCUCUGAUGUUGGCAAAUUUUCCUGGAGUUGAAUUCCAAAAGACUAUAUCUAAGUUCAGAAAAAAAAAUCAAAUCGUUUUGUUGUCUUCACGUCUUUCGUAAGACAUGAAAUUAGGAUGUUUCAUGUCAUAAUCUUGCAACAAUGGCAAAGAAAUGUACAAAAAAGUGUGAUGUACAUGCAGACUUGUUGUCUUGCCAAUCUUUACCUAUUGCUUUCUUGCUAUUGUUGUUGCCGUUGCUGUAGUAGUUGCUAAGGCUCCCUACUAACCCUUGACCAUGCGAGUUACCAGCGUUUCCAGUUUGACUUUGAUAAGCUGGUUCAAGUUUCUUGGCUCGCUAGAUAAACUGAAGUCUAUUACUCACCUGGUUUGUCUUGUUUUAACAUGCUGGGUCUUCUGACUUCAACAUGAACCUUGCAUCGUUACUGAAAGAAAAGAAUUACACUGUCUUUUUGUCUGUGAAGUUUAUUAUAUUUUCUGUUUUGUGUAUCUUGACUUGCUUUCAUGGACAUCGUCUGAGAGUUGUUUGUCCAAAGUGAAAGAUUUGUAACAACCUUUUUGAUGCAGUUUUCUUGUAUCAAAGACAAAGUGGUUGUUAUAUUCUGUCUCAUGAUGUAGUCUCUUUAGAUUUAGAAAGCAGCGUUUCAACUGCUUACUGUUAGUCUUCUUUUUUAUGUCCCAUAUUCUUAGCUUCAGCUGUCAUGCAAAGACUAUUCCUUUUUAAGCUAAAAAUACAUUAUUUAAGUUAUUUAGGAGUUUAAAGUAAAAAGUGAUAUUCAUCAGUGUAGAGAAGCAUGACAAACUGUAACCCCAAUUAAUUUCUGUCUUUUACUUCUGCAGGGAAGUAGUGUUUACUGUCUUGACCGUGAGUGUAAAACCAGAGUUCUAGGAAUAGAUCCCACAGAGUUCAAAUUCAAACUGGCUCUGAUUAAUCGCAAGUAUGAUGAGGUAAGUGUGUGACUGAAGUUUGAUAAUAUUUUUUUAGGGAAAUAGUGACUUAUCUUGUUGAUGCAUUCUGUAAAUUUAGUGAAUUAAGUGUGUGUAUUGUCUUCUUUAGGUCCUGCACAUGGUGAGAAAUGCAAAGCUUGUUGGACAAUCUAUCAUCUCUUACCUGCAGAAAAAAGGCUAUCCAGAAGUAAGUGGUUUUCUCUCAUUUUUUUGCCCAUUACUCUACACUCAAACUUCCUAAAUAUGGACAGCAAAUGGACAAAGUCAAUUGUUCACACUACAGAUAUGUCCUUAUCAAAGUUUGUAAUGCACAGAACUCUCUUUAAGAGAGAGGAGUCUGUAUUAUGGAGUUGUCCAGGAGGAGGCGCUUGACUGUUUUCAUCAUUUUGAUCUGUCAUUUCUGAUUCACAUUCAGCUGCAUUUUUAUGGUUUUGUUAAUUCUCUAGCUAAGGUUUCUUUAGUAACUGCUUUAAUUUGCAGCUAGUAAUGCCAGUGUUAUUAUCAUAGAAGGUUACCUGUCCUCUAAUUACAAUAUUUGUUGUUUGUAAUAUAUCAGCGUGCAAAGAAAGUAGUGUCCGAUAGCCAGGGGCUAGUGGAUUUUGCUAUCGGGCUAGUGAAUUCUGUUAUUAACUUUCCUGACGGGCAAGUGAAUUCUUUUGCGGAAUUCAAAUUACAGAAGAACUGUGAAAUCAAUCUGCUCAUCAAAACGUUUUUGGGGCUAGUUGAAAUGAUGUUUGGGUUAGUAAAUGUUAGCUUCAGCUUGCCCGAGUGGCAAGCUGUAAAAGUGACUUUCUUUGCACCCUGUAUAUGUUUGCCGUAAUUUUAGUAUUUUAUUAAUUUACACACUGAUUGUUGUUACUCAUUUACUGUAUCUUCAUCAGUUCUUUUGGAAUUAAAUUGUCAUAGCUGUGCAUGUAUAGCCAUCAUGAGUUGUACUUGAGGAAGCCGUAUGUUAUAAGCCUUGUGGUUUCUAUUUAAGGUUUCCUCCCCACUAUAUUCUAUAGUGUAUUUUUCUUUCUCUUUUUUUUUACAUUUUGGAUGGCAAAAAUAAAUAGAUAAAAAUAAAUAAAUAAAUUGUUUUACUCUUCAAGGUUGCUCUACAUUUUGUGAAAGAUGAGAAAACUAGGUUUGGAUUGGCCCUGGAAUGUGGUAACAUUGAGGUAAGUACCUGGGCUUUUACUGUCUACCACUUAGUCUCCAGUAUUAAAAUACAUGUAUGAAUUUAUGUUUAUUGCUUUUGUACAUUUUGUCUUAGCAAAAAUAAAUAAAAUAUAUGAUGCUAAUCCCUGCUGGAAGGUGAGCCAAAGGGACAGCUGUGUAGGACACCACUGUUCAAGUUACAUAGAUUUAAUAAAGUGUAACUAUACAUCUAUGUUUUUUUGGCAGGUUGCUUUGGAAGCAGCUCGGAGUCUUGAUGAUAAGGCUUGUUGGGAGAGACUAGGAGCUGCUGCUCUGACACAAGGAAACCAUCAGGUACAGAACUGGUAAACUCUAGUACACUCUUGUGCAACAAAUAAAAAUUAUAUUAUAGUUCCAUAGUUGUUCUAUUCCUAUUCCUAUUCCCAUUUCUAUUCUGGGAUUAUCCUCCAGGAUUGUCCCAUUGUCCCAUGGUAUGUUGCCUGCAAAAAAAGUGUGGCAAAAUGUGUGAACAAUUCGUAACAAGUUUAUUUUGGUUUCAUGCUUUAAUUGAUUGAGCAGUAUGAUAAGGGAAGGUCCAUUAGAAAAAUGAAGGGGGUGGGGGAGAUUCUGCUUUGCAAGUAAAUUCUUUUGUUUCAUCGUGUGUGUAUUUUUCCCUUGCUUGCAUGUACGUUUUUCUGCAUGUUCCAGCUGUAUGUAUUUUUUAAAAUUCAUGUGAAUUUUUCUUGGGUGGAUUUUUUUCCCACCCCAGUCCUUCGCUUUCUGUCCCUAAGUUGUUAUGAAAUAUUAACUGCUAUGGUGCAUCAUUUCAUUCAAGUAACAUGUUCUUUUAAUUUGUUGUUUAACAGGUUGUAGAAAUGGCUUACCAAAGGACAAAGAACUUUGACAAGUUGUCUUUCCUCUACCUGAUAACUGGAAACCUUGAAAAACUCAGCAAGAUGACUAAGAUUGGUAAGGAUCAUUUUUUAUUGUUUCGAACUGCAUGUGGUUCUGUAACACUGGACAUCUCCAAACUCCCCACCCCACUCCACCCCACCACCCAAAAAGGAAAGAACGUGACAAUUGCCAAAGGCCCAAGAUAACAAGCAAUGCAUGGACUCACAGUGUAUGAUUAUGCUACUGAUUUUGAAAAUGUCUCCAUUACUAUGAAAAGAUAUUACCAAAUAAUUUAUGAAGGUAUAAAGACAACUUUGCAGGGAAGUUGUUGCAAAAUGUAGACAACAAUUUUUGCCAACUCCAAAAAUGACAUAGCAUUCUUCUCUUGAGCAAGUUUCCUUAUCAUCAUUACUUCAUACCAGAGACUGUGAUUGGGCAAUUGACGUUUUCUGUCUUUGAGCUUAUUAUUUGUUCAUUUUUUAAUGUCUUCCUUUUGUUUGUUUGUUUGUUAAGCUGAAAUCCGUAAGGACAUGAGUGGCCAGUAUCACAAUGCCUUGUACACUGGUGAUGUGGAGGAGAGAAUCAAGAUCCUAAAAACUCUUGGUCAAGGUACAUGUAGUUUCAUUUAACUGGAAUUCCUAUUAUUAGUUUUAAUGAGUUCAAGAUUUUGAUUUUAGAAAUACCCCCCCCCCUCAAAAAAAUAAAAAAUUAAAAUACUUGAACAUCAAAUGAGAUGCUGAGCAUGUUCAUUAUAUUCUCAGGUCAUUAUUAUCUCAUCCCUUUUACCUCCUCUGUUUUGACAUCUUUCUGUAGGAUCACUGGCCUACUUAACUGCAGCCACACAUGGAUUAACAGAGGAAUGUGAGGAAAUCAAAGAAACAUUUGGUCUGGACCCAGAGACUGUAAGUGAAUACUGGAAAUGAUCCUCCUAGUCUUCCUUAAUUGGAACAAAACUGCCAGGACUUUGUUGUUGUUAUGUUGAUGGACUCCAGCUACCUUACGAUUUCUCAAGCUUAAAUUGUUUUUCUUUUCAUUUGACAUUAAUCUUUUCCUAAACAAGUUAAUAAUCAAUUUUUUUUGUUCAGUUGCCUCCUGUUAACCCAAGUGCCAAGCUUUUACAACCACCACUACCAAUUCUACAGAAUGAAGGCAACUGGCCUCUACUUACUGUUGCUAAGACCUUCUUUGAGGGGGCUAUGGCUGCCAAAGGUAAGUUAAACAUAUGCAAAAGGAUAAGGUUUGGAAUUGGCUAAGAUUUCAUAAUUGAUGAUCAGAAAUAAUCAGAUUGACCCACCCAGUCAAUCGUUGAUUAUGAUUUAUUUGGGAAAAUAUCCAUAAGAAUUCCAUUCAGGAUGGCUGCUGUACCGUGUUUUAGAACCUGACAAAACACAUGAAAUGUAUCAGAAAAGGGACUUGUGGAUUUGACCUUGCUUGCCAGAGAGUUCCAGUAGCUGAGUGAUAAGAACGUCUGAUCUAGAACUCGGAGGGUUGUGAGUUUAGUUCUCGCCUGGAGCUUAGAACUUUUUCUGUGCUUUCCGGUCAUCCAUUUCUCUUUGUUCUUUAAUUUUGAGACCAUUAAAAAGACAACACAUGAUUUGCCAACAAUAAUUUUUUUCUUGCUAUACUGGAUUGAACAUUUUCUAUGGUCAAUUACUGCAUAGUGUAAAGAUUUCCAUUGAUGGUCGAUUAUAAUCAGUGAUCAGCAUACCACCACUUAGUGAUAUCCUUGUUACUUGUAUGUUUUGGAUUUUUGCCUUGAUUAUCCACAAUCCUUAGCUCUUAACCCCUUCCUGCUAAAAGUGGCCAAAGUAAACCUCCAGCCAGAGUAAAAAUUUCUAACAAAAACCCCAGUGCUUGAAAGUUUUCUCUGUAACGUCCUAAGAUUUAAAUAUUAUUAUGCAAAUGUUUCACAAAAGAGGUUUAAUUGAAAUAGGAAAACCAUGGGAUUUUGUCGACUGAUUUUAAAUCUUGUGUUCCACCUUUCAAAUUAUUGUAUUUUCUAGAGGGGAGAAAAGUUCAAACCAAUUUUAACUCUUCAUGAGGGGAGUACAGAUUUUCUUUGGAACAAUUUAGUUUCCCACAGCAUCAAAAUAUUUCAAAACUGAAGCACAUAUUUACCCACAAAGGCUAACUAUUUUGACACGGCUGGGCAUAAGAAAGCUGUCUUAGAAAUAAUUGCCAUAAAUGUCUAAAUGCUUAUCUUUAACAUACUUUUAAUGUAACAAACAUAACUUUGUUUGAGAAACAAAUUCCAUGUAGCAGUGGUCAGUGCUAUGGCCUGACUGUUUCUCUGCACAGUGUCCUCAAUUCUAGUACUCGUGGUGUUUACGUCAUCCUCAUUACACCUCUGAAUUCUAACUUUAGCAGGAGAUAGAGCUGCUGCAAUGGUGGCUGCUGACAUUGAUGAGGGAGCAGGAGAAGGCUGGGGAGAAGAUGCUGCACUUGUGAUUGAUGAAGGUACCAGAAAGUCUCACUUUAGAAAAGGUUUUCUUUUAAUCAUUCCAAUUCACUUUGCGUUAUUUCAUAGCUAACAAUUGUUCCUCGAGCCGAAUUUUAAUCAUUCCAAUUCAGGCCAUGAGGGCAAGAGGAAUAUUGUUAUUUUAUAAUAAGUUAGUUAAAGGCAGACUUCCUUUUUGCCGCCAAAAAGACUUGUCUUUAGUGGGCUAUAACAUAUAGCCUUUUCAGUGAGCAAACACAAUGUAACAAGGUCAAGGCUUGGUUGGACAAUUUCCUUCAAAUCACUGUAUUUUGUCAAGCAAAGCUUGAGUCAGUGUCUUUGUUCACAGGAAUGUGGGAAGGGUCUCUUCAAGGGAUUACCUGGAAAAAUUUGCCAAGUUUCUUCUGAAAAACAUUUAGGUUCUCCUUUCAUAUUGCCUUUAUUUGAGAAACAAGAGGAAAAUUUGAAAGCUCCAUGUGCUCUUGAAUCAAGUUUUUUAUCUCUUUGAAUACAGAGGGUGGUUUUGGAGAUGAUGGACUGGAUGGUGAUAUUCUUGGUGGAGAUGAAGAAGGUGGUGGCUGGGAUGUUGGAGAUGAAGAUCUUGUACUUCCUCCUGACUUGGUAAGUCAUUUCAAGAACUUUUAAAUGCUUAGUUAGAUGACAAAUAAUUAUUUCAAUGGUACUGAUACAAGGCUCAUGAGUACGUUUUAAGUGAUUGUUGUGCUGCGUGUAAAAUCCAGCCUCAGGUUCAACCUGUACUCAGCCUAACUUGAUUGAGGAAAAACAGGAAAUCUUCCAGUUUUAGGUUACAAUGGAUUUUACCUACAACAUUAUUGUACCAUUGACUAAUGCUAGAACUUGUUUAAAUGCUGUUCAGUUCAGCUCAGUUCAGCAUGACUUAAUUUUUUCCCUAUUCAAAGUUGCUUAUUGCUUUAGUUUGAAGAGUACACAUUUAGCAAAAAAGCCUGCUCUGUAAUGUUUUUUGAGAAGAAGACUUUAUCUCUGUGAUCUUUAGUCGAUGCUGUGUAAAGUUUAGGAAAAGGCUUGAACUGAUUUUUUUUUAAAAUGUCCUUAUGGUCUACUUUGAUCUGUGAGAGCUUGAAACGUGGUUGAUGGUUACCUAUAUAUAUGGAUUAAAAGGAUAUAUGAGCCUUUGUGUGUAAAGUUUAGCUAAAUCCAAAUAUGAACUUAAAGUGGAUAGCACUAUCCACGCGAUAAAUCGCUAUGCAGUGGAUGAGUAUUUUGAAAUCCAAUUGUGCCAUCCACUGGACAGUAAUUUAGCCAGUGAAUAGCACUGUCCACCCAUUGAAAAACCUGGGCUUGAUGUAUUUUCCCUGUCCUAGGACAUUGGCCCGGCCGCUGGCACUGGAGAUGAGGGCUACUUUGUGCCACCUGUCAAAGGUACCAGCCAGUCUCAGGUGAGUAUUUGUUCUAGUGGUUUCUUCAUUUCUUCUUAAAGCCUGGUUGUUUGUUUCUGCCAUCAUCAUUUUUACCGUCAUUUGUUUACACAGGUGUGGUGCACCAACUCCCAGCUUGCUGUUGACCAUGUUUUGGCUGGAUCAUAUGAGAGUGCCAUGAGAGUGAGUUUUCUCCCUUAGUUUGUUGUAGGUGGUAAAACAAACAGUGCUCAAGGUCAAAAUUAAUUAAAGAUAAUGCAAGAUGUGUUUAUGUAUUUGACAUUUUGUAAAGUACUGAAAAAAUAAUACAUUGCCGAAAAGGUUUCAUUUAAAGGGUAAUACCAUAGGAUUUUGUUGACAAACUCAACCAUAAGACCGUUAUGGCCACAGGGUAAAAAUACUGGUGUCUUAGCUCAGAAUUUACUGCUUUCACAUGGAUUUGUGUGGUGGUCUGAGUGAAGAAGGUUAUUGCAAGGCAGGCAAAAGCACAUGUAUAUUUUAUAGUUAAAAGGCCUGGUACAAAUACUCAGCUUUUACACUGAAACUUAUUUCAAACAAAGAAGGCUUUAAAAAGGCACGGUAGUGAUCUUUAAACCCUCAAAUGAUAUGUUAUGGAGUGAAUUGCGAAAAUCACGUGCUGUUAAUGCGAGUCGUCACAGUUUCCAGUUUAAUUUUGAUAAACUGGUUCAAGUUCCUAGGCUCGCUACAUGAACAAAAGUCUUACUCACCUGGUUUGUUUUCUUAUAACAUACUGGGUCUUCAGACUUAAACAUCAAUUCUUUUAAAGUUAAACUACCCUGUUAUGUGUUUCACUCAUAUGCCCAUUGGUAGGGAAACACUGUUGCAUUCGAUAUCCCAUGGCAGUGAUUUGGGAAUAGUUUAAACUCUGUCAGGCAUGCAAGUGUUCAAAGGCGAAAUUUAUCCAAAGUCCUAAAUUGUUUUAAAACAGUAAUUCAAAAGGUGUUUCGGCCACCGACUCAAAAGUCAAAACAACAUAAAUUUACAUCUCCAUGUUGACCCUGGGAGUGUGAUGUAAAAUAAUUGAAGGUAAACACGUGCGCAAAUUAUGCUGACCACAGUUGUGUUUUCCUUUCAUGCAGCUUCUACAUGACCAAGUUGGUGUGGUUUUAUUUGAACCUUAUAAGCCGCUUUUCAUGCUGGCUUUUGGUCGUGGGAGAACAGCUCUUCCAGCCAACCCUGGAGGCCCACCAUUGUUAGGGCAUCCUCACAGAAACUGGUAAGAUGUUGGGUCUAAUUUCUUUUGUUAAAUCUAAAUUGCAUUUUUGUAUUUUUGAUUGUACAGUGCGACUACUGUAACUGGAACCACUUAAACAAGGUUGACCAGUGAGAUUACAGGAAAUAACAAUACAUUCCGAGAAAGUUGGUUGUGGGCCAAUUAGCAACUCCUAAAAAAAAACAAUAAGUUACUUGACGCUCAACAUUUCAAUGUUGAUAGCAAAUGUUUUCAAGAAAGAAAAAUGUUUCAACAGGCAAUGUUUUUCUAUUCUAAACUUUACAUACAACCUCGUGGACACAUAUUUGUUUGACACAAGCUGUUGUUUAUCUACCAGCAAUUUCUUCACUACAAUUGCCACUCUUUGCAAUAACAUGCUCCUUUAAGCCAACAAUAUAGCUAACAUUUAUGCUUUUUGCUUCUGUCAUUCACUCUAACGGACCUCUCAGGAAUCACAGGCUUUCUUCAGUGGGUUCAAAGGUCACAUCUUCAGGUUGUAAUAAUUACAACCAAUCAACAAUUAUUGGUUGAUUUCGACCCAUGUUGUUGAUUUCAUAUCAUGGUGAUAAUAUUAUGAUUGACAACUAACUUUCUUGGAAUGUAUUGUUAUUUUCCUGUAAUCUGAUUGGUCAACUUUGUCAAAGUAACCUUGGUUAUAGUAGUCGCACUGUAAAGUAAGAAAGUCCAAAAUCAUUCUGCUAUUAUUUGGUUUAGGAGUGAAAGUCUGUGGGUUUCUAUUAUUGUGAAACGCUGUUAUUGCACCCAAGUAGAUGCCAAUGCUAAACAAGAAGAACAAAAUAAGAACAUAAAAAUUCUCACAGAGCCUGUAAAAAAGUAUACUCUGUUUGCUUUCAAAACCCAAACUAGGCAGCUGCGAGGUUACUUUUGAGAAUGAAUUUUACAUACGUUGCUUAGGUCUAAAUUCAGAGCUUAGUGUCUAAAAGGUUUUACUCACCAUUAAUUGAUUUUGUCUAUGUAGGAGAGAGGCUGGAGCCAAAGGUGGCCUACCAGCAGUAGGCCUGAAGCUAAACACACUUGUGCAGAGAUUACAGGUUAGUUCUUCCCAUUUUUACAAAAUUCGUGACUCUCUACAUCCCAGGUCACGGAUAGUCUCCUAGACAGCUGUUUUUUCUGUUGUAUGAGAAUCUAAUGUCAUAUAAUUUCAGUGAAAUGCAUGUUCUGAAAAAAGUAUGAAUUCUAAACUAAAGCUUCAUAGCAAAGGAUUCUAUUAACAAAUUUUUGGGGCCAUACCUGUGCUUGAAUUUCUCCAGAUGCUUGCUUUAGAUUUUCUACAUAUUUGUUUGCAAUUUUCCCGGGAAAUUUUAGUUGGCAGCCAGAAAAAUUUUUACAGACAAAUGCAUAGAAAAUUUUAAAAAGUGGCUCUAAAGCAUGCAGGUGCACGUAACACCCUAAACAUUUUUCAGCAGAAUCCAUAGGAGUGAGGCUAAAGUAUACAGUUCAUAUUUUUUUCAGAACAGCUGUUUUACGGAAAUUAUUCAAGACUAGAUUCUCAUGAAAACACUGUAAUUUCUCACGUGGUUGCCUGCUUGUCACGAUGGCUUCUGAAACGUGACAAGGUCUAUUUAGGACUUGACACGGUUACUAACUGCCGAAUCAACCCUUUUUGUUUCUAACAGGCUGCCUAUCAACUGACAACAGGUGGAAAGUUUCAGGAAGCAGUCCAAAAGUUCCAUGCAAUUUUGUUGAGCAUCACACUUCUGGUUGUUGACAGCAAACAGGAGAUCAGUGAAGCUCAGCAGUUGUUAGGAAUCUGCCGUGAGUAUAUUGUUGGACUACAGAUGGAAGUCAAUAGAAAGGAACUGCCUAAGGUGAGCACUGAGAAACUCUUUGAUCAAAAAAUCCUGUGACAGUAUUCUGAAAGGUCAUGGGUGUGAUUCUCAUUUGGAAUUUUCUUUUUCUAGUUAGCCUGUGAUUUAUUAUUUUUCUAUUGUGUGAUUACGUGGACUUGUAAUAGGCACAUAAGAAACUAUGAAACAGAUUCUUAUUAUUGUGGAAGAAGUGGAAACACUUGAAAUCACUGACAGUCUUUGAAAUGAUUACCUAAUUGCUACACCCUAUAGAAUCUCAUUAACUUGAAUCCCAAUAUUUAAAACUAAUUUAACUUUUCCUUUUGCUCAAUUUGCAGUAAAAUAUCACUUUUCAACCUGCUAACUAGAAUCCCCUGCUGACUCACUCUAUUUUUCCCCUUUGGGAAUUCACAGCCUCUCAGGCACUAACAUCAAAGUUUGCAUAUAUUAAAACAUCUCUCUCUUUUCCACAGUCCACCCUUGAAGAACAGAAAAGGAUAUGUGAGGUUCGUCUUUACUAAUGUUACAAAUAAUUAUUUUUAAGGAAUAAAACAGUUUUCCUGAAUAUAAGUUUUGAGGGCAGUACCAUGUACUUGGAAAUUUUCAUUUCUGCUCUUAGAGAAUGACAUGAUUCUGCCUCCAAAACCUCUGCAAUUUUUAGAGAUUGGCAUUUUAUGAAACCCACCAAAUUUCUCAAAAAAAAAACUGGGGAAAAAGUAUGUGAUAGGAGAUGUUAGAAUAUAUAAUUAUGUGAUAGGCUGAUUAUUGAUAUUGAUGUAGCCUAUGUGACACUUGUUUAUGAUAUCUACGCAUGAUCCUUGAAGUUAGAGCCUUGUAAUGUAGAAUCAUUCUAGCUAAGAGCCUUGAUUAAAGAGCGUUUCACCGACUCCUGAAGAGUCUUGUGUGUCUGUUGUUAGUAGACCAAACACCCAGGAAAGUCUUUAAGAGGCAGCUGCUGGCUUAUUUCACCAGGUGAAAAGGAGCCUGGAAAAGGUGUAAUUGAGUGAAAACACCGGCCUGACUAAUAAAAAAGGCCUGCUUAGCUUUUCCUUAGCUACAUCCUUGAGUGCCACUUGUUACUGUAGGAUCCUCACUGUAGGAACAAUGGCAAAUCAUAUUCUACUUUGGUUUCACAAUGACAGCUGACCAUGAUGUUAUAUAAAAUUUGUUGCAGAUGGCUGCUUAUUUCACCCAUUGUAAUCUUCAGCCAGUUCAUCAAAUCCUUACCCUCAGAACUGCUGUCAAUCUUUUUUCAAGGUUUGAACCUCUCUCCUGACUACUCUCUUUUGUUUAUUUGUUUAGUUAUAUGUUUAUGUCUAUUGUAUGUUUAUUUAUGCUUUUUUUUUAUAGCUGUGUCCUUUUUUGUGGGCUCCUUACUUGCGUUGUAUAUGGAAUGUACAUGUAGCCUUUUCUUUUUUUCCAUGCAAGCACUCCACCAGAUUGAAUUAAAACAAUGCAUUAUUUGUUCACUCUUAUUGGAUAAACACUUCAUCAUUAAUUAUUCUUUUUUCUUUAUUACAAUAAUAACAAUAUUAUUAUCACACAAUAAUUUUUGUACUAAAAAAUAAAUAUUAUGUAUUGAUGUUGUUAUUAUUAUUAUUUUAUAGAUGAAGUUCACAAUGUUACUCUUUGCUUUAGAUUGACAUGUAUUAAACUUGUACAGGACACCUUAGAAAAAUCUUGGCAUUUUGAUAUAUUUAAUGAUUUAUUAGUUUUACUUUUAUUUCUUGUUUAUAUUCUAUAUUAUUGCUUGAUGUUGGACCUAUCAAUGCAAUGGAAAUUAUAAGUAAUAAUGUAUUAUGUGAUUACCUGUAAUCAUCUAGUAGCACAUAAAUAUAAGGAAAAUGUUGUGAGAUGUUCUCCUUGGUGGUAUUUCCAACUCUGAUGCAUUAAGUUAUCAGACUUGUUACAUUAUAUCAUUCUAUAUUUUGCAGCUUAAGAACUUCAAGACAGCUGCUUCAUUUGCACGCCGGCUGUUGGAACUUGGACCACGCCCUGAUGUGGCAACCCAGGUAAGUUGAGUACUAUUUAAAUGUGCAAGUGAUGCAUAGAUGUAAAUAGUUCAUUGCAUUUGUUGUUAAGAGUUAGCUGGAAUGCAAUAUUAUUGCCUUUGAAAGUAGCAAUGGAGCCUUUUCACAUAAUGUCAUGUCAGCCAUGUUGGUGUCCCAGAAAAAUAAAAGGGCAGCCAUGUUGGUGUCCCAAACUAAUCCUAUUGGAGUGGAACUAUUUUCUUUUGUAAACACUUUCUGUGGUCACAAUAAAUAAAUAAAUUUGCAUACGUACUGGCCCAGGAAUGAAAACACUCCAUAAGCUACAGUAUUAUAGGGUAUGUGACAUCACUUUAAAGCUGCAAAGUGUAUAAAUGGUGUUGUACUCUUUUGAAAACACUUUAUUACAGUGCCCUUUAAACUUGUGCAGUUGUUGUUUUUGAGAAUUUAUAUUGUUAAAGCAGUAUUAAAAGACUUUUAGAUUUGUACAAAAUAUUAAUCUUGCAUAGUUUGUCAGCUAUUAAAAAUGAUUUGUUGUUGUUAUAGAUUCGCAAGAUCCUCCAAGCCUGUGACAAGAAUCCAACUGAUGCACAUGUACUUCAGUAUGAUGAACACAACCCAUUCACAAUCUGUGGAUCCUCUUACAAACCUCUUUACAGGUGUGUUUGAAACUUUUUUGUUAAUCUUGUUUUGGUGCACAAAAGUUGAUUAGCCUUUAACCAACAAGAGGCAGGGUGCAAAGAAAGUCUGUUUUACAGCCUGCCAUUCAGGCAAGCUGUAGCUAGCAUGUACUAGCCCACAAGUCAUUUCAACUAGCCCCAAACCCCCAUUUUUGAUUAGCAGGAUUGAUAACAAUCCUUUCUAAUUUGAAUUUCCCCCCAAAACAGCACUUGCCCGUUGGCCAGGUAAAGAACAAACAUCACUAACCCGAUAGCAAAAUCCGCUAGUCCCAGGCUAUCAGACACAACUUUCUUUGCAUGCUGAAGAGAUUUAUAAUCAAAAUGCGAAUCAAAAUGCAAAUGUCGUUUUUGAAAUGCAAAGAAGCAAAAUAAUUAUAAUACUAUACAAAAGUACUACCAGCACGAAGAGGUUGAUUUAAAUUAAGGGUUCUCAAUGUAAUGCAGGAGGACUUCAGUGUGAUGAGCACAGCCCUUUCACAAUCAGUGGAUUCGGCUCUUAGAGAUUACAUAACAUUUUGAGCAACCAGAGAUUGAAUUAAUUUUAGUCCUGAGGAUGACACCCUCAUUUGCCCAGUGUAUUUUGUAUUUCUUUGUCUUUAUCAAACAAAUGUGUUGAGAAACAAUUACGGCAGAUGCAUUUUCCCACUUAAAAUUACCUUCAGUGAGAAGACUAUGCUUCAGUGACAACUAGAUGUCAAUAUUUUCGCAGGUCGCUGGAGCUUCUAGCAAACCCUUUUGAAUGGUCACACCACAGAAAAUUGUUCCCCAACUCUAUCCAGAACUAUCACUUCUCAGUCUUCACUUAUGUCAGACUAUUAAAGCACUGAACAGGUUGAGGUGCUGGUCAACAUCUAUAGAGAGAAGGGUGUGAUAUCACACUACCAUGGUAGCAAAAUGUCUGGAUCUUAACAGUCUUUGUUGAUGGAGAAGGCCAUUUGCAUUUUCAAAUGAUGCAAGAAAAGUAUGGGCUACUGUUUUGUUCCUGAGUGCAAUCAUACACAGGAAAGUCACAAAUGUCAAUUUUUUUCGUUUUUUUUUUUUUUUUUGCUGCCAUAUUUGCCGGAGCUCAGUUUGUUAAGAUCCAGAAAUUUUGAUACCAUGGCUUUUCUCUAGUGGAGGGGUGACAGGUGUGAACAACAUAUUUCUCUUUGAAUUCUCAAAAACCAGCUUUUGUUUGUCUAUUCAGGGGCAAGCCGCAGGAGAAAUGUCCUCUCUGUCAAGCUUCAUACUGUCCAGAAUUCAAAGGAACCAUCUGCUCUGUUUGUAAGGUAGCAGAGGUCGGUAAAGAUGCUAUUGGUCUCAGAGUGAGCCCACUGCAGUUCAGAUGAAGUUGUUGAGGAGAACUUAGGCCCAAUACUUUAAAUUACCAGAAGUGCUUAAUUUGAUGUUUAAAGAGCAAAGCUGUUAGUCAGCGUCCAUCAAGAUGUGGGGACAUCUGCAUAUGGAGAACUCUUCCUUCCUUUUAUAUCAAACUAAAGAAAAAAGGGAAAUACCGUAUGUUUCUUUUCUCCAGGGUGGAGGAAACAUAUUUGUUAACUAAGUAAAAAAAACUGUUAUAAAAUUUAUGAGACACAACUAAGCAGGGCAAGAGUGAAACUGCCAAAUAAUGCAAAAGCUUGCCUUGUUUGCAACUUUCAUUCUUCUCUUUAGUUGAUUUUCAUUGUUUUGCAUUUUUCAAGUCUAAUCGUACGUAAACAAAUAAUAAUAGAUACACUUUUAAAUAUUUCUUUGGUAGUCCUUGUUUUGAAACAACCUUGCUGUUGAGUGGUGUCGAUCUGAUAAAGUCUUUCUGAUGGAGAAUUAUAAUCACAAUAAUUUCAACUUGUGGUCUAAUAUCCCCUGUCUCCAAAUAUGUGCCAAGUGGCAUUAAAUCUUACACAGCUAUUACUCUGUUCAUACCAUCAAAACUAAUAACCAUUACAUGAAAGGUACCAAAAAUAUAAUAUUUCCAAGUCAAAACAAAAUACUGCAAAGCCAUUUCGUAGUUGUUUCAAGCCUUUGUUUGAAACAAGUGUGGAGCUGCAUUUUUAAAAAAUGUGGGGUUUUGGAUCAGAAAUGGCCUAUAUCUAGUUAGUAGCAUAGCAGUAUGUGUUGCAUGUUCCUAAUUAUAGAAAUAAUGAUAUAAUGUGAUCAGAAUAAU